GGGAAAGGGAAAGGACGAGGAAAUGGGCAAGCUGCCACAGACGGUGAAGUUGAACACGUCGAUGAGACAGUGGUGCCGGUUAUAACGAGGAAGAAGUCGCAGACCGAUACGGAGAAAUCAGCUAUGCGGCCUGCGCUGGUGCGUUCGGUUUCUCCUGUACCGCAUGGAAAGACAUAUCAACCUCCUGCUGGGGAAACCUCGCUGUCGCGCUCAUCGUCCCUUUCGCGUGGGAGCAUCAUGUCUGCCCCGCCCAUGUCAAAUCCGUCAUCUACUAAAGCACGCCAGAGAAGGUCCACGACGGACACGAUUAUGGUUAGUGCGAAUGACCACGAAAGGAUUUGGGAUACUAGUACUGGGAAGGAUACCACCCCUCGUCGCGCAUCGUCUGAUACAUAUGGUUCUCCAACACCACGUGCGAACAAGGCUCUUUCAGAGUCUGGUUCGACACCAACCCCCAGAGGGAAAGGCAAGCAAAAGCAAAAAUCUGGUUCUACCCACACUAAUCAGUACCUGUCAGCCAACGGUAGUUCCAAGGACACGAGCCUGAUGAGCAUAGUGGAGAACGUCACACGUCAGAACAGAGAAGGAUGGAGUGCUAGCUAUGGUGUCCCACCCUCAAACGUAUUGAGGACUGCAGCUGGCGCGAGUCGACCUCAGAAUUCGUCCGGGGUUAAACUGGAAGUGCCCAAAGCUCCCUCGCCUGGUGUCCCUGUGAACAGGUCUACUGGACUAGAUGUCAAGGAUAACAUGGUCAAUGGAAAUGGGUCCUCAAAGGCACCAAUAAUGGAUAUUCCUCGUGCACCAGGAUCUGUCAUUCCAGCAUCCAGUACUGAACCUCCACCAUUGCAGCAUCCUCAGCCUAUUUCAGCUGCAUCGAAUGGCCAAUUACUGACGCCAGGAACAUCCAGUAUUAUCCGCGGCGCAUCGAGGCCUGCAAAAUCACCUUUACGUUCUGCGUUGAAGAACCCCAGCCGUACGCCUUCACCUGUACCUGACCAAAUAAUACACAGAAGGAGUGCUCAGGAGGAGCCUGGAGAACAACGUCGCGGGAGGACACCGGAGAGACAGGUUGCAAACGGAGGUCCACCACCACAAAUAUCGGCGUCACGUACGAAAGUGGCUGAUUCUGACACCAACUCGAUCUCGUCUUAUGCCACGGGACGGGAGAGCUUUGAAGAUGCUAAUGAUGUGCCGCCCCCGCCGCCCCCGCACGACCAUGAAGGUACAGCAUCGACCGCAUCGACUUCAACCGAGACCCAGCUUCCGCGAAGGAAGAGCGUGCGCGUGUCCCUGCAGCCUACGUUUUCGCCUACUCCACCUGCAUUGGAUGACGAAGAUGAUGACGAUGACGAUGAGAAAGCUGGGAAGGGUGGGCGAUAUGCACCGUGGGGGCCCAAUGGCAAUGGUGAGAAAGGCGGGGAGACACGUGAUGGGCGAACGUCCGAGGAAAAGGACGUUUGGGAGGAUUCGAGCGAGGAGGAUGAAGAAUAUCGUAGGGCAAGGAGGCUUUUGAUGCGUGUUGGGAAGAAGGGGAAGGGGAAAGGAAAGGGGAAAGGAAAGACGACUUGAGCUAUUAUUGCAGUGGUUUGUUGUUACACUAUGGGUCCAUCGCCAUUAAUAUUUAGUUUUUGGGUUCUUGUAGUACAUAUUGAAUUCCUCAUCAGUUCAGAUAUCUUUGUACAUGCUCUGAUACGUUCAGAUUUCAUGUCCUCACAACAGCAUCGUCUUGACCUGUACCAUAACAUAUCAACGUAUAUCAACGACAGGAAGUAAUAAGCAUCACAGCGUACUUAGAGGGUGAUGAGAAAGUUUUUGGG